AUGUCAGUUGAAGAAAAAACAAUGCUGCAUAUUAUGAACUGCAACACAUCGAAAGAAAUGUGGGGCAAGCUAGUGUCUAUUUACGAACAAACAUCUGGAACCUGUGUGUACAUGCUACUGCAACAGUGGUAUAGUUUGCAAAAGAAAGCAACAGACGACAUAGUGACUCAUAUUGCUAGAAUUGAAGAUCUUGCACAUUGCUUGCAGAUUCUUGGUGAGCAAAUACCGGAGCAAAUGGUUGUUACAAAAAUUUUAAUGACUUUACCAGUGGUAUACAAAUAUUUUGUGAGUGCAUGGGAAUCUGUGCAGGCAAGUGAACGAACACUUAGUAAUCUGAUCUCCAGACUUACCACUGAGGAAAAUAGAAUAAAUGUAAGUGAUCAAGGUGAAAGCGCAGCAUAUGCAGCAAACAACAGCUCACAAAAAAGUGGUAAAAACACAACCAUUUUGGAAAAUCAGGCACCUGUCACUAUUGUCAUGAGCCAGGAUGCUGGAUCCAUGACUGCAAAAAACUAA